GGUGCCUUGCGUCAGUUUUAACGAAUUCGGUUUGACGGCGCAGUUUAGGCGCCAUUUACAAGAUAGAGUUUUCUAGUCGGGGAAGCGACUCGCAACAAUACAGGGUUGAACUUUAUGGAUUACACUCGCCAAAUUUAGGAUUUUUUCCACUCUUUUUCGGACACAACGACCUGGAACAGAAAGGAGGGACUUUUGACGGACCGUGUCGACGUUUGUUAGAAGAUUUUAAACCAUGCCAUCUAAAACUGCAAAAAGCUCCACGGCCAAGACAAGAGGCAGAGGGCUGCAGCCUCGGGAUGACUCCGAGGACGAGCUGAGUGUACCCCCUCCAGAACCAAAGUCCAAUGGCAAAGAAGAGGAGGCACCGCCGACAACUGCUGAUCAGUCUCAGGGGGAAGCUGCCGAGGCGGUUGAUAACCGAAGUCUGGAGGAAAUUCUCGGCAGCAUCCCUCCACCCCCGCCCCCAGCAAUGACCAACGAACCGGGCGCUCCUCGCCUCAUGAUAACGCAUUUAGUUAAUCGCAACUUCAAGUCGUACGCAGGCGAYCAGAUUCUUGGGCCUUUCCACAAGCGAUUUUCCUGUAUCAUUGGUCCCAAUGGAAGUGGAAAGUCCAAUGUGAUAGAUUCAAUGCUCUUUGUGUUUGGAUACAGAGCUCAAAAGAUCAGAUCAAAAAAGCUCUCAGUGCUGAUUCACAGCUCUGAUCAACACAAAGAUGUGCAGAGCUGCUGCGUGGAGGUGCAUUUUCAAAAGAUUAUUGAUAAGGAAGGAGAUGACUACGAAGUCAUCCCCAACAGCAAGUUCUACGUUUCCAGGACUGCCAACAAAGACAAUUCCUCAGCCUACUACAUCAAUAGCAAGAAAGCCACAUUCAAAGAAGUGGGGGCUUUACUCCGAAGCCAUGGUAUUGACCUUGACCACAACAGAUUUCUGAUCUUACAGGGUGAGGUCGAGCAGAUCGCCAUGAUGAAACCUAAAGGUCAAACGGUGCACGAUGAAGGGAUGCUGGAGUACAUGGAGGACAUCAUUGGUUCGUGUCGACUCAAGGAGCCGAUUCAAACUCUGGCUCGUCGUGUCGAGCUUCUCAAUGAGCAGAGAGGAGAGAAGCUAAACCGAGUGAAGCUUGUGGAAAAGGAAAAAAAUGCUUUGGAAGGAGAAAAGAACAAAGCUGUGGAGUUCCUGACCCUGGAGAAUGAUAUCUUUAAACACAAGAGUCACCUUUACCAAUAUUAUGUUCAUGAUCUGCAGAAACGUGUGAUGGAGAAAGAGCAGGAGAAGCAGAAGAUCUUGGASGACACCAAGGAACUCGCAGAAAAAAAUGCAAAGAUCUCACAAGAAAUGGAAAAAAUGAACCAAGAGCUCAAAAACGUAGAAAAAAAACAAAAUAAGCUCAACAAGUACAUUGAAACCCAGAAGGAAAAGUUCACCCAGCUGGACCUGCAGGAUGUUGAAGUGCGUGAGAAGAUUAAACACUCCAAGAGCAAGAACAAGACAUUGCAGAAGCAGCUGGAAAAAGACCAGAAAAAGCUGGAGGAAGUGCGCAGCGUACCAGCCAGCAGCGAAGAAGCCAUCUCUGAGGCAACGGCCCGCAAGGAAGACCUGGAGAAACAGAAAGCAAAAGAAGAAGAAAAACUGAAGGAAGUGAUGGAAAGUCUGAAAGAAGAAACCAGUGGCUUGCAGCAGGACAAAGAGAAAAAGGAGCAGGAACUCAUGGAACUGAGCAAAGCUGUAAAUGAGACCCGCUCCCGUAUGGAUCUUGCCCAGUCUGAGCUCGACAUCUAUCUUAGCCGCCACAAAACAGCUGUAACCCAGCUCAACACAGCCAAACAGACGCUUCAGACGACUUCAGAGACGCUGCAGGAGCGCCGUGCCGCCAUUAAAGACCUACAAGUCACAGUUCCUGAGAAGGAGCAGGAACUCAAGAAGGACCAGGAGGAGCUGCAGCAGCUUCUGAAGGUGGAUACUGAGACCAGAGAAGUGGUGAGAGAUCUGAGGCAGAAGGUGGAUGAAGCCAAGAGCUCCCUGUCCUCCAAUCGCAGUCGAGGAAAAGUCCUGGAUGCUCUAAUGCAGCUGAAGAAGAGUGGCAGAAUUCCUGGCAUCUAUGGAAGACUGGGAGAUCUUGGAGCCAUAGAUGAGAAGUACGAUGUGGCCAUUUCUUCAUGUUGUGGUGCUCUGGACAACAUCGUCGUAGACACCAUCGACACAGCUCAGAAAUGUGUCACUUUCCUUAAAGAGCAGAAUAUCGGAGUUGCCACUUUCAUUGGCCUUGACAAGAUGAAGGUGUGGGAGAAGAACAUGGCCCCUGUUCGCACUCCAGACGACUGCCCUCGUCUGUUUGACAUGGUGCGACUGAACGACGACAGCGUGCGGCCAGCCUUCUACUUCGCCCUGAGGGACACACUCGUGGCCAAAGACAUGGAGCAGGCCACGAGGCUGGCCUUCCAGAAGGACAAACGCUGGAGGGUGGUCACCCUGAAGGGACAGAUCAUCGAGAUAGCUGGAACCAUGACUGGAGGAGGAAGAGUGAUGAAGGGCAGGAUGGGUUCUUCUAUUAGUGCUGAGUUCUCCCAGGUGGAGCUUGAUCGUAUGGAGAGCAAAUUGAACGAGAAAGUGUCACGGCUACAGAGCUGCCAAGAGAGAAAGCUGCAGCUGGAGGAGAACAUCCAGCGCCUGCAGCCGCAGCUCAGAGAGAUGAAGAACACUCUGGAAAAAUACUCCAACAGCAUGAGUAGUUUAGCUGACCAGGAGACUCACUUGAAACUUCAGAUUAAGGAGCUUGAAGCCAACGUGCUGGCAGCAGCCCCAGACAAGACCAAACAGAAACAGAUGGAGAAGAGCCUGGAGGCAUUCAAAAAAGACUAUGAGUCAGCGUCCAGUAAGGCUGGGAAGGUGGAAAAUGAGGUGAAAAGACUCCACAACUUGAUCGUGGACAUCAACAGCCACAAACUGAAGGCUCAGCAGGACAAACUUGACAAGAUUAACAAGGAGCUGGAUGACUGCUCCUCCACCAUAACCAAGGCCAAAGUAGCCAUAAAGACAGCUGAUCGAAACUUAAAGAAGUGUGAGGAGAGUAUCGCUCGUGUUCAAGCUGAGCUGGAGGAGAAUGAGAAGCUGAAGGCCGAGCUCACAGAACAGCUGAAAAAACUGGAAGACGAGGCCGGAGAGAUCAUGAAAGCCUGUCARGAAGCAGAGGCGGCUCUGCCUGAGGUUCAGGAACAGUAUCAAAAUGUGACCAAAGAGAUAAAGACCCUGCAGCAGCAGGAGCACGCUCUACAGGAAGAGUCCCUGAACGUCCGCCUGUCCAUCGAGCACAUCGACGCCCUCAUCACUAAACACAACGGCAAGAUCAAGUACUGGCAGGAUGAGGCUGCUAAGCUUUCCCUUCACACCAUCGAUGGGCAGCCAGCAGAGGAGCUCCGUGUGUUUCCUCCCGCUGAGCUCGACGCCGUCUCUGAUCCAAACGUCAUCGUCGACAAGAUGAGCACCUUAGAAGUCCAGUGUGGUCAGAUAAAGCCCAACCUGGGGGCCAUCGCUGAGUACAAGAAGAAGGAGGAGCUGUACCUGCAGCGAGUCGCUCAGCUGGAUGAAAUCACCACAGAGAGGGACAGAGUCAAACGCGCCUUCGAGGAUCUGCGUAAACAGCGGCUCAACGAGUUCAUGACGGGAUUCAACAUCAUCACCAACAAGCUGAAGGAGAACUACCAGAUGCUGACGCUGGGAGGAGACGCAGAGCUGGAGCUGGUGGACAGUCUGGACCCCUUCUCUGAGGGCAUCAUGUUCAGUGUUCGUCCUCCGAAGAAAAGCUGGAAAAAGAUCUUCAACUUGUCAGGAGGAGAGAAGACCCUCAGCUCCCUGGCUCUGGUGUUCGCUCUGCACCACUAUAAACCCACACCGCUCUACUUCAUGGAUGAGAUCGACGCCGCUCUGGACUUCAAAAACGUCUCCAUCGUGGCCUGUUACAUAUAUGAACAAACUAAGAAUGCUCAGUUCAUCAUCAUCUCUUUGAGGAACAACAUGUUUGAGAUCGCAGAUCGCCUCAUCGGCAUCUACAAAACUCACAACACGACAAAGAGUGUCGGGAUCAACCCCAAGACCAUCGGCUUCAAAGAAAACCUGGCCAUGUCUGUGUAGACCUGACCUCUGCUGUUGUUAAAUCACACAUUGUAAAUAUGUCAUUGUUCUGUCAACAACGUGCUGCUAUUUUUAUAAUCUGAACUAUUAAAUCUUGCCUUAAAAAUAAAAGCUGUUUUCUAUUGAAAAUCUGAAAUUACAUCGAUACACUGAGGGAAAAAAUCUAAGGAGCAAUAAAAAGGUAAUUUAUUUUAUGCCUUUUAAAUUUUCAGAUUUGACGACAAAGUUGAUUAAAGUGCUUAACAAUUCAGUUA